GUUUUGAAAUACCACUUGCCUCAUUCGAAUUUACAAAAUGAAGAUACUCAUAGUGGUGGUGAUAUGGUCCUGUGUUUUAUAUAAUGUGACAGGUCUUCGAGGUUUAUCGAAUAUUCGUUUUGAAAAACCCCACGACCUUCGAAGACCUGGUGGAUGUUAUCACGACGACUUUGGUCAUGUAAUACCUUCAAUAAAAACACAACGACAAGGAAAAUGUGAACUUAUUACAUGUGAGCCCGAUGGAACCCUUCUUAUUAAAAGCUGUCAUUAUUUUAUAAGUGAAAGUAAAUAUUGCGUGAGUAGAGCGCAAGACCCGAAGAAGUACUGGCCACAUUGCUGUGCCCGCUUAUGUACUAAAGAUAACCAUUAAUUGAGUAAUAAAAAUUCUGUCACACGAGAA